ACGUGUCACAUGCUCCUCUGCGUUCUAAAAACUGCCAAAACAGACCGACGGUCAGUCAUUCACUAUCAGGAGGCGGUUUAACACUAAAGAUUACUGAAUGGUUUCACCAUCAUACUGACACUGGUGAUAACUUGGGGAAAACAUCAGCUGCCUCCUGACUGUUGUGAAACUUAAGAUACUGCGCUUUUCUAAACAACAUUUUCUCCACUUGGGUCCAGAGAGUUGGAGACAAAUUUUCGGAGGUGUGUAAGGCUUGGCAGUCCGAGCUACAGCCUCUUGACUCAUGGCGAUUAACACUGAUGUCGAGGACUGGGGCGGUGUUGGGAGUAAUGACUCUGGAGAAAGGGCGUGGCUCUUGCAGAGCCCCAGUGUGGAUUCUGUCCAGCAUCUUGAGACAGACAGGAGGGGGAGCGGAGGCGUGUCGUCUUGGGCAGCGGUCUUCAUCGUAGUGAACGCAGCACUGGGAGCGGGUCUACUCAAUUUCCCUGCAGCCUUCAACAUGGCAGGAGGAGUGACGGCAGGAGUUCUGCUUCAAAUGUUUAUGCUGAUCUUCAUAAUCAGUGGACUGGUGAUUCUGGGGUACUGCUCCCAGGUCAGUAAUGAAAGCACCUAUCAGGAGGUUGUCCGAGCCACUUGUGGGAAAGUCACAGGAAUCAUAUGUGAAGUAGCCAUUGCUGUCUACACCUUUGGGACUUGUAUUGCUUUCUUUAUUGUCAUUGGAGAUCAGCUGGAUCGCUUGGUGGCUGCAGUGGCUCAUGACACAGAUGGUACUGUCAGUGGCUACUGGUACACUGACCGCAAAUUUACCAUCUCUGUCACUGCAGUCCUGAUUAUUCUUCCUCUCUCCAUCCCCAAAGAGAUUGGCUUUCAGAAGUAUGCCAGUGCACUGAGUGUGAUGGGAACCUGGUAUGUGACUAUCGUGGUCAUAAUAAAGUGCUUCUGGCCGGAUAAACAUACGACUCCGGCCUACGUACCCGCCAGUUCUGCAUCCUGGACUGCAGUUUUCAAUGCAAUGCCCACCAUAUGCUUUGGUUUCCAGUGCCACGUCAGCUGUGUGCCCGUGUUCAACAGCAUGAGCAGAAAAGAGAUCAAACCUUGGGGAGUCGUAGUCACUCUUAGCAUGAUAAUCUGCCUCUUCGUUUACACGGGAACAGGUGUCUGUGGCUUCCUGACGUUUGGUGCCAACGUCAAUCAGGAUGUGUUGAUGUCGUACCCUUCUAAUGAUAUUGCUGUGGCCAUCGCAAGAGCUUUUAUUGUCAUCUGUGUCAUCACCUCCUACCCCAUUUUACACUUCUGUGGCAGGGCAGUUGUUGAAGGACUUUGGCUGCGUUUCCAAGGCGAGCAGGUGGAGGUGUGUGUGCGUCGUGAGCAGAGGAGGAGGAUCCUGCAGACGCUGGUGUGGUUUGUUAUCACCCUCGUCCUCGCCCUCUUCAUCCCAGAUAUUGGUCGGGUGAUCUCGCUGAUCGGAGGAUUGGCAGCCUGCUUUAUCUUUGUCUUCCCAGGUUUGUGUUUAAUGCAAGCCAAGCUGUCAGAGACAGACAGCCACACUAUAAGCUGGCAUGGAUUGGUGGUCUUUGGUGUUGUCAUGGUUACGAUUGGAGCGUUCAUCUUUGGCCUCACCACGACCAACUCCAUCUAUAAAGACGUCCGUUAAAGGGAACCGUUUUAUCGGAGCCAGCGGCGUUUUAAGACCGAGGGGGGGCUUGGUCCUGUGCUGCUAUUCUGAACUACUUGAUGGAGAAGCAUCUCAUAACACUCAUUUACAAAUUCUCUACGGCAUGUUGCAUCCCUGCUCCAUACUGAGUUAACGCUCCACAGCUCAUUACUCAGUAAGAUAGAAGUCAGAGACACCCCACAAUGCCAAAUGACUUCAGACACUUUGCCUUUUACUUUAUGUACAGUUUAAAUUGCACGAUUUACGUUUUUAUGAUGGUUUUAACUUGCAGCGAAACCUCUUUCUGACCAUUAAGGGGCACAGAGGGGCUUCCCUUGUCUCUGGAUGACUCAUUCCUGUCCUGUUUACAAGAGCUGAAGGACUUUUGUAUAGAAAGGUCUUACGAUCAAAUUGAUUUUGAUAAUGAAAUUGUACCAAUUUGUGUAUUUUAACUUGCAUGUCAAAGUAAAUAUUUCUUACUGAACUGACAUGCUGUUGUUGCCAGGUGCUAUCCCGGUCCGGACUUUACGUCGCUGCUGGUGAUAGUUUGUCCACAAAUUUAAGAAGUUAGUUUCUUCUCCAAUGAAUAAUGUAAUUGAGUGAAACAUUUGCACAAGCAAGGAUACUGAAUCAUUGAGUGAUGUGAUAACUGUAGGGUGGGACAGUUUGUCUUGUUUAUUUAAUUUCCAGUCAGUACCUCCUAAAUGAGUUUAAAUAAGGAAGGUUUUCAGCUAUUUGGGCAUUGCAACUUAAUCAUAUUACAUUUUAAAAUAAAUUUAGGAAGGCAUUACUAUUUUGAAUUUUUGUUGGUUUCUUGUAUAUUUUAUAAUGUUAAUGGUACUAUGAUGAUUUUAUAAUUAGCUUUUAGGUAAAACCAUAGUUGUUGUUUGUGAAAGUACAAAGUUACAUUUAUGUAAGCCUGCAGGCCUUUAAAAAAAGAUUAGAUUACUUCAAUGUGCAAAACACUUAACUGCCAGACUGGCAGAAAGCUACAGCAGUGUGCCUCCCCAAAAACUGCACAGAUCUGCAAGACGAGCAGUGACCAAACCCAAACUUUUUUCAAGAGUGCUGAGUGGGUUUGAAAAUGAUAGUUCUUUAUGAAUGUAUGCAAAACAAAUGUAUGUAACCUAAGCAGAAUUCAGUUUGUACAUAAUUUACAGAGGCCAACUAGUCAAACUGAGUGGGUGGUUUUAUUUACUUGAAUCGGUUCACCCCACUGCAGACUUUGUUUAAAGAAUGAGAAGUUAGAAAUGUAUUUUUCUUUUUUUUUUCUUUUUUUUUUUUACAAAAAAAAGUGUGAGCUUUGUUUUUUUAAGCUUCUGUGGAGAUGGGUCAGGUAACGUGAGACUAAUUUAACACUAAAGAUGUUUAUAACAUUUAUUCAGUUAUUAAAAAUUUAAA